AUGGCAUUCCUUUGGCUUGUUUCCUGUUUGGCUUUGUUCAGUGCGGCCUAUGGCUGCGGUGUUCAAAAGAUUUCACCUGUGGUGACUGGAUAUGCCAGAAUUGUUAAUGGUGAAGAGGCUGUCUCAGGUUCUUGGCCUUGGCAAGUCUCCCUGCAGGACAGAACCGGAUGGCACUAUUGCGGUGGCUCUCUCAUUAACAGUGGAUGGGUGGUGACUGCUGCUCACUGUGGCGUGUUGUUAAGUGACAAGGUGGUUCUAGGAGAACACGAUAGAAGUUCAAGUGCUGAAGCCAUCCAGUCUCUGGCUGUAUCUAAGGUCUUUACUCACCCCCAAUGGAACUCUAACACAAUUAGCAAUGAUAUCUCCCUGUUAAAACUCGCCACUCCUGCUGUUCUCGGUGAUAGAGUCGCUCCAAUUUGCUUGGCCGACAUUGGAGAAGAGUAUGUUGGUGGUCGUCUGUGUGUGACCAGUGGAUGGGGAAAGACCAGAUACAAUGCAUUCACAACCCCCAGCAAACUGCAGCAGACCGCUCUGCCCCUGCUGACCAACACUCAGUGUAAGACCUACUGGGGCAGCAAUAUCCUUGAUUCCAUGAUCUGCGCAGGAGCUGCCGGUUCCUCAUCCUGCAUGGGUGACUCUGGUGGACCCCUUGUGUGCCAAGAAAAUGGAUCUUGGACCCUAGUUGGUAUUGUGUCCUGGGGAAGCAGCACCUGCAAUACUUCCAACCCUGGUGUCUACGCUCGUGUUACCUUCCUCCGUUCCUGGGUGGACGAGAUCCUUGCUGCCAACUAAAUUGUGUAAAUAAAAUGUGUGGUAAAAUAAAGAAGUUUUCAAAUAAAUAACGUUACUUUUUCAUCAAA